CACAAUAAAUGCGACAAGUCACAACGAUUUACAUUCAUUCUAAUUGUUAAAAAUAUUUUUUUUGUUUAUUAAAAGGUGUUCUAAUAAAAUAAACAAAUUAUAAAAGUAAAGAAAAUUAACUGUUAUGUGAAAAAUAAGACUUAUGUAUGUCUGUAACAGUGACAUGUAUAAAUCUAGAUAAAUUAAAAUAUUUGACUAUUUUUACGGAAUUAAAUAAUAGUGAGCCAAAAUUUGGUAAAAUAAAAUGCAAUUUAAUAUGCAAGGAUACAAAUAAUGAUAUAAAGUAAUUUCACAUAAUCGUGUGUAAAAUGGAUUAUGUCCAUAAUUAUUGUUUGCCUUAUGGCUCCAGCCAAAGUCAACCAACAACAAAAGAAUUAUCAUAUAGUAAAGUAGAGGAUAUAAAAAAAGUUUGUCGACUUUGUGGAGAAAAUAGUGACACUUGUACACCUAUUUUUGAAAAUAAGUUGUCAAUUGCUGAGAAAAUAAGCAGAUGUCUACCAAUAGUGGUUAUUGCCAAUGAUAAUUUACCGUCACAAAUAUGUAAACGUUGUCUUACAUAUUUAAAUAUCAGUUAUAAAUUAAUUGUAAAUUCUAUCAGAGUUGAUGAAAAUUUUCGUAAGCAAUUAAAGGACAAUGAAGAAAAAGAGGAAGAGGAGAAUUAUCAUUUAAAUAAAAAACAAUCUACAACAGUAGCAAAAAAUGAAAUUCAUACAGUGCCUAUAAAAAAAUUGAAAAAAUUUGCAUUAAACGGUCCAGUGACUUGUGAAUUUUGUGACUUGAUAUUCUCAAAUGUUAGUGAAUUUGAUGAUCAUUUUGAGAAAAAUCAUAUAUUAGAAUGGAAAUGUAAUUAUUGUGAUGGAAGUUAUGAAACAUCAGACGAAUUAAUUGAACACAAAACUAAAUUACAUUCGGGUAAUAUAAUAAUUUGUAAAACAUGCGUUGACGAUGAAGAAGCAAAGGAAAAACAAUUAAAUCAAAUGAAAAAAGAAAUGGAUAUAUCUUCUGGUGAGGAAUGCGAAGAAAAAUUUUAUAUUCCCGCUGAAAAUAUUUCAACAAAUAAUGACGAAGAAUUUAUUUUACCACAAAAUAAUCAAUUAACAACUAAUCCUGAAGAAAUUCCUGUUAUUCACCAACAAAUAUCGAAAUCAAAUAUUUUAACAAAGAAUAAUUUUGAAUCAAAUGAAGAAACAGAAAUAUUAUUACCUUCUACAUCAUUAACACCUGCAAUUUUAGAUAAAUCACAAUUAAAUUCAAAGAAUGAAGGGAAAAAGGCAUCAAAUAAAUUUAAACCCAUAUAUCUUUGUGAUAUUUGUCAUCUUCAAUUGAAAGAUCAAAAACUUUUUGAAUUACAUAAGAAAAUUCAUAUACCAAAAACUAUGAUUUGUGUUCAUUGUAAACAUGAAUCAGAAACAAUUUACGAUCUUUAUUUACAUAAAAAGGGAGUUCACAGUUUAUAUUCCAGAGUUAAUCUUAAAUAUGUUUGCGAAAUGUGUGGGAGAUUUUUUUCCAGUUCUUGGGAAUGGGAUGUGCAUAAAACAAGAAGAUGCAGAAAUCGUGAUGGAAAUAAAUGCAAAUAUUGCGAGGCUACAUUUUCAACAAGUCACAAGCUUAAAAAACAUUUAAGAAAACAUAAACAAGAGAUGUUAAGUGAUCCAACUGCAAAAAUUUUCAAAUGUGUCUCAUGUCCGAAAAUAUUUGUCGACGAGGAAUUUUAUCAGAAGCACAGAAAUGUCCACGAUCCUGAAUGUUGGAAUAAUUUUAAAUGUGAGAUAUGCAGUCGAUCUUUUCGAGAUAAUGUGAGAUUAAGAGAACAUAUGAAAUCAAUUCAUGAGGGUGUUAAACCACAUGCUUGUGAUAUGUGUGGUAAAUCUUUUCAUCGUUUAUCGAACAUGAAAGCACAUCGUGCAUUACAUUUUGGUCAUAAAUGUCCUCAUUGCGAGCAAAAUUUCGAAAAAAUACGACAAUUGGUUAAUCACAUUCAGGAAGAUCAUGGUUUAGAGCCACCAGCAAAUUUAUUAACCAAAAAAGGCUACGUGACAGGAACUUUUGUUUGUAAAUUUUGUGGAAGAACUUUAUCAACUUAUCAAUCAUUAUUGGAUCACGAACACAUUCAUACGGGAGAGAAACCAUAUCCUUGUGAUAUUUGCGAUAAAAGUUUCAGAAGUUACACUGCACGUUGGUCGCAUAUGCAGAGACAUAAAGAAGGCAAUUUCAUUUGUGAACAGUGCGGAAAGUCUUUCAAUUACAAGCAGAAUUUGAUGACACAUGUGCAAAUUCAUGUUUCAAUGGAGGAUAGAAAGCAUCAGUGUCCAACUUGUAAUAAAAGAUUUUUACGAAAGGCUCAUCUCAAUGUACAUAUGCGAAUUCAUGAAGGAAUUCGUCCCUAUACGUGCGAUAUUUGUAAUUUUAGCUUCACGCAAAUUGGUGACAUGAGACGACAUCGUGCACGCCAUGGAAAUGGAGAAGUAAAACGACAACCACGAACAAAAGUCGAUAAUACAAAAUAUAUUUCCGAAUAUAGCAAUGAAGAUACAAAUUAAAUUCGCUAUUCUGUUUUUAUUAUAAUAACAAAAAAAAUAUUAUUAGGCAAUGAACAUAAAUUCAGAAUUAUUACUUUUUAUCUAUAAAAAUUUCUUUCAUCAAUUUUUGUAUUCGUAAAUUCAUAAAUUACGUUCUAGUUAUUUAUAUUGUGUUCAAUAUUAACUGAUUUCUAAUUUCUUUGUUUUUCUUAAAUCAGUCUUUAUCAAACGAACAAAUCAGUUUAAAUGUAAUUAAUGUUUUCACGAAUGUUUUCUUGAUAAUAAUUAAUAUAAUGAAUUAAAAUAGAUUAUAAAAAUACUUAUUGUGUAAAUUUUCUACGUACAGUAAAAAAUAUAAAUAAAAUUAUUUUUAAAAAUUA